AGGGCGCAAAAUCGAUUCUCCAAGAAAAACGUACAUUACGCAUCGUGGUAAUCUGUGUCCAGGCAUGCGUAACACGUGGCCCAAUCAUCUCAGUCGAUGAAGAUUCACAAUUUCAUCAACUGAUUUACCAUCAUCCCCUAAAACCCUGUGUCUAACCUCUCUGUUACCUAAACGGGGGAGAAACGCAUCCCAAACAUUCUGGCAUUGUUGUUUAACGCUAUCACAAGACUUCAUUUUAUCAACGCCUCCACCAAACAGGACUAUAUCAUCUGCGUAUUCUAAGUCGAUAAGUGGGUGGGAUUUCUUAUGUGCUGGAAUAAAGUUAGAGCGAUUGUGAUGUCUAAUAAUUUGCAAUCAAGUGGUGUUUUCGAUGACCUUACUUCCGAAUUUCCCCAAUUUAUAGACUGCAUUAAAGUCACCUACUAUGGGACCUUCACACCUGUUUGACCAAAAUCUCGAUUCGAUGACACGUCACUCAAAAAACUGCACAGCUCAUACAGUAUAUACUUAUUAUGAGCGGAAAAAUGAUGCACACAGGUCAGGUUUUGGCACCCAGGAAAUCCGUUUAGGAAAAGAUUCAGUGAAAGCUCUUGAUUGUUGCUCUCUUUGUCUACAACCAGCAAAGGAUCCUGUCGUUACAAAUGAUGGAUUCCUCUAUGAUCGAGCAGUAGUUCUGGAGUACAUUGUUUCUCAAAAAGCUGAAAUUCAACGAAAACUUAAGUUGUAUGAAAAACAGAAAGCUCGUCUAGAUGCUGAGACAAAAAUGAUUCUCAAGGCUGAAAAAGAGGAAGAAGCCCGACGAUUUCUAUCAAUGAAUACUCUAGAUACCCACUCAAAAGCCUCUGCACAAGCUGCUGAAGCAGAAGCUUUGGCCUCAUUGUCCAAUAAACGCAAUGGUUUGAAUGAAACAACUUCAUGUUUUUGGGCGUCUAGUAGCAAAUCAAAUGAGAAACUGAACAAAGAACUCUUAGAUAAACCUGAUACUGUUGUUCGCUGUCCAAUGAGUGGCAAACCAUUAAGGUAUAAAGAUUUAGUAGGUGUUAAAUUCACUACCUUUGAAGAUGACUCUAAGGUCAUGGGUUUUGGUCAAGAUAAACUGGUAGAUCGUGAAGUCAAUUAUUGUUGUGCCGUUUCCAAGGAUCCACUUACAAAUGCUACAGUUUGUGUUGUUCUUAAAACUUCUGGAGCAGUAGUUACUAAAGAAGUUGUAGAUACUGUAAUAAAAAAAGAAAUGAUUGAUCCUAUUAAUGGUAAAAAAAUGAAAUCAUCUGAUUUUAUUGAACUUCAAAGAGGAUCACUUGGAUUUGCUGAUGAACGAACAUUAUUGACUGCUAAACGUGUUAGACCAUCAAUGCAAACUUGAAAAAAAUAUUUUUCUUCUUUUAUUUUAAACUGUACAUAGUUACAAGAAUAUUUUUUUGUGUACAAAAUAAAAUAUUCAUUUAUA